UACGUUGCCUUGUUUUCAAUUUUUUUUAUUUUGUAAAUAACAGUACUUUUACUUGUUUUAUUCCUUGUCGGGACACGUAUUCUUGAAUGUGAUAAUAAUGGCCAAUGAGUUAUUUACGGAUUUAAUCAAAAGGAAGCUGCUCCUAACUUCUAACCAACCAACGUUGCAGUUCAAAUUUUAGGUUAUGUUUAUGUUACCUGACCUGCUUUCUCUGACGUCUUUAAAUAUUGGGAAUUUCCAAAUCCUUAAUGUGUAAUUUACCAGUUCCUCCGAACCUUUGCACAGGCGACAUUCGAAAAAGAUGUACAUUUACCAUUUGCCUUAUGAAGAAAGGAAAGAACUAUGUUACAUCUUGGAUCAGAACAACAAAUGGGAAGAAUUGGGAGGGUGUCACAUGAAAUACGACAUGCUCACCAUAGAGAGCAUUAGAAAAGAAAUCUAUAGAGGUAACUCACCCACCAGUGAACUGUUGACGAUAUGGGGUCACCAGAACCAUACAGUGUUAGAGCUGUUCGUGCUGCUGUACCGCAUGAAGCACUACCAAGCAAUGACUGUGAUAAAGAAAUUCGUCGACGAGAAGUACCACCCCCUGAUUAAGAACGGUGAGGACAAUUUGAAUAUGUUGCUGCGCAACUUCGAGAUCAGCAAGAAAGAGAGCAACAAACGGGACUCCAAAAUACACCCCGCAAACUUCGAUUGCAACACCGAGAAGAUACUUAACAUUCCGCAAGUGGUGUUCCAGACUCCGAUCAGCAGGGAAGAUAACGAGAGUAUAAUUAAUCUGCAGCUGUUGCAGCCGAAAUCGCCUCUUCCUCGGGGGCGACUGGGCACUUCCAAGAUGUUUACGGCCACGGAUAUAUCUUGUGUGGCGGAGUCUGCCGGUGCCGUGCCACAUAUACCGUACGAUGAGCUUCAGAAUUCCACCAACAACUGGGAUAAUAGUGCUAUACUUGGAAGGGGAGGAUUCGGAACAGUGUACAAAGGAACAUGGAAAUGCACCCAAGUGGCCAUAAAACGCCUCGAGCAGAAAGAAGACAAGCCGGAGAACCACAGCGAGCAAAUCAAACAGUCGAUAACGGAAUUGCACUGCCUCAACGCCUACCGCCACGAUAACGUCCUGCCCCUGUACGGGUACAGCAUCGGCGGCCCGCACCCCUGCCUAAUCUACCAGUACAUGGCCGGAGGCUCGUUAGAGCACCGUUUGCGAGUCCGCGACCCCGCCAAACUACUAAAGUGGCCCACACGUUUGAACAUCGCCAUCGGAGCAGCUAGGGGGUUGCAGUUCCUGCACACCAGCAUGAUAAACGGCAAGCCCUUGGUCCACGGCGACAUUAAGUCCGCGAAUAUAUUACUCGACCCCAACGACCAACCGAGAAUCGGCGACUUCGGCCUGGCAAGGGAGGGACCGCAGAGCCAGUACACUUACAUCAAGGUCAGUCGGAUCCACGGCACCCGCCCGUACCUGCCGGACGAAUUCUUAAGGGCGAAAAAGUUCUCGACCAAGGUGGAUACCUACAGUUUCGGCAUCGUGCUGUUCGAGAUCGCCACGUCCUUGGCGGCGUACUCCGACAAGCGGGAGGACAAGUUCCUUAAGGACCACGUCGUGAACUACCAGGGGGACAUGUUGGAUUUGAAGGAUAAGAGGGUGGAGGGUUACGACGACUGUUUCAGGGGUCUGGUGGAGAUCGGUAGGAUGUGCGUUAACAAGAGGGCGAAGGAGAGGCCCGAGAUGGUAGCCGUCUUGAUCCUGUUGGAGAAGGUGCCUUCGGAAUGACGAUUAUCACGCUUUAAAUCAAGUCGCUGUCAAUAUUUCAUUUGUUUUAAAGCUGAGGUCCGUUUAAGACUGCACUUGUUUGGAAAGUGUAGUAAAUAUUUAUUGUUUAGAUUUGUAGUGUGCGUAUUCGUGUAAUUGGGAAAUUUUCAAGGUUUUGGUAUUUCGCAAACCACGACAUUCUCAUGAAUCGCAAUCAUUUUCAUGUAAUCGUUUCCUUGAAUAGGCAAUUUUUAUAAGUAUUAGAAUUUUUUUUAACGAAAUCGAAUUU